AUGUCUGCCGAUCUCACCUGGCAAAUCAUUCGUAAGAAUAACUGUUUCCUUCGGCGGCAGAAAGGGAUCAAGAAGCAUUUCUCCGUGGAACCAUUCAACCUUCGUGGCAUCAACAGUAAACGGUUCAAUGGACUGAUCAGUAAAAAGGCGAUGAAUAUCGCACCCGCAAAAGAUGGCAAAGGUGUUGUCGUCUCAUUGAAAGUUCCAGGCAAAGCAGGAAGGCCCGCUAAGAGCAUCAAUACUAUUACGCUUCGCAACCGUGACAAGAUGUUGAAAUCUGUAAAGGCGAUUGCAAAAAGUCAAGGCCUCACACCUCUUUACAAGCUCAAUUUACCUCCAUGUGCAUGUUGA